AUGUCUGCGGCCGCGACGAUCCUUCCACUUGAGCUUGUCGAUCGUUGCAUCGGAAGUUCCAUCUGGGUCGUGAUGAAGGGCCAGCGCGAGUUUGUCGGCAAGCUCCUAGGCUUUGAUGACUAUGUCAAUAUGGUGCUAGAAGAUGCGGUGGAAUAUGAAGAGACGCCAGACGGCUAUAAAAAGACGCAUUUAUCCAAAACGCUGCUCAAUGGGAACAAUAUCUGCACUCUGAUUCCGGGUGGUCAGGGCCCUGAAUCUUCAUAA